GAGUUUUGUCUUGUAAUGAUUUUAUUUUAUUCUUCUAGGUAGACAUAAUUUGUAAAGUGUGAUAUAGGUUUAAUUGUACUUCAUCAUUUAUAUUGAUAUAGGCCUAUUGAUGAGUUGAAAAUAUAUAUCUCUGUUUGAGUGUAUGCCCAGAAUAUAGAUAGAAGAUUUUACUGUAUUUGUGAAAUAUAUAUGUUCUCUGUAUUGAUUAUGAGGUUCUACAUAUAUCUGUAGGUAUAAUCAUUAAAAAUGGUCAUGAUUUUACAGCUCAUAUUUACCACUUCUGUGGCAUAGGCCUAAUAGAUUGAUGCAUAUAUGUAGCAAGUUUGAUGUUCCCCUUGCUGUAAGUUCAUUUACUACAUUAUGAACGCUGGUUAGCGCCUGAGGGAUAUGUAUUUCAGAAUACCCGGUUUCCAUCUGGCAUCGUUGGGAUCAAUUAAUGGAUGUCAUAUCUUUCAAUAACAACCCUUCAACGGUGGAAUAUACUGGAAUAUACCACAGCGGUAUAUAAUCCUGUAUAUCUCCCCGCUCUCCAGUGCAUAGUUGGUGCCCAUACACAAUAGCUGGCGUAGAGCAAGAAUGGUUAGCAGUCACUGGUAAUGUAUUAGUGGAAGGGAAGUGCCAGAUUGGCCUGUAACUGGAUGACAUCAUCAUGCUGCGCUGUGAUUGGUCAAUACCUGGGAUGAGUCAUCCUGGGGUUGUCCUCUCUCUCUCUCUCUCCCUCUCUCUCUGCACAGCUGAUUAUCUGUGUGUGUAUGUGUAUAAUGACUGUGUGUUUACAAUACAGCCUGUGCCUCAGCACCAUGUAAGGUUGGAGAGAUACCCCAGCGCUGCCAGGAAGAUCUCCAUAGGUACAGUCAUUACCUCCCCCCCUAUGACUGUACCAGUCAUACCCUUUAUACGCUCUUCCUUACUUCGGCUGGAUCAUAAUACACCGAGCUCUAUAGCUAGAGAGUAUCCCCCACCAAUUUGCUGGGCAUUCAUUUGUUGACGAGAGAGAAAGCUCGCUCUCCGCUGCCAAGGAGACACAAGUUGCUCAAUCGCGCUCGAGAGAGGACUGGUACCGACACCCGCUCCCGCGAAAAAGAAUAUAACCACACAGGGAUCAUACAUGGUUCGUCAUUGUUGAAUCGGUUUUAGCGAUCGUCUGUUGUCGGAGCGCUCCUAUUUCUUCAGCCCAAAUGUUACUGGAUUUUUAGUUGUGGAUUUAAAGAAACCAACCAUGGUUAUCCAAGUCGAAAGGAAUGUGAAAACAGUCGCUGCUGGCGGUAAGGAUCGCGGCUACACAUCUUUCCAGUCUUGUUUCCCGUACCUGUGCGAGUCCCAGAACCGACCCCCUUGCCCCGCCCGUGCCCCCCUUUCACAACCCUGUCUACCGGUUACCAACACGGGCCCCACCCGUGUGCUUGGAUUCCUGUACCUUGGAUCACAACAGGAUGUGAUGUCGGAGGAAUGCCUGAAGAGUUAUGGGAUAAACUACGUCCUGAACGUCAGCAGGUCGUGUCCGAUCCCAGAAUUCCUUCCCCAGACCCACUUCCACCGGAUACCCGUCCGCGACAAUCACAGCGAGAAGAUGCUCCCCUGGUUUGAUGAGGCGCUUGAGUUCAUUGACAAAGUCCGGUCAGCAAACGGAUCUGUCAUCGUUCAUUGCCUAGCCGGGAUCUCUCGUUCUCCAACCGUAGCAAUUGCCUUUAUCAUGCGUUACCUCAAUAUGAACGUCGACGAGGCCUAUAAGUAUGUCAAAGAGAAGAGGGCGACCAUAUCUCCAAACUUCAACUUCCUCGGUCAGCUCUUGGAGUAUGAGAAGAUCAUCCGAACGAGGCAGGGCCGCCCAUCGACCUUACAGCCUUCAGGACCUCCAAAGGAGGACGUUGAGCCUUCAGAGAAGAAGGAGAAGGAGGAAGGUGCCUGUGCCAGUGAGCCUUCGGUACUGCUGACGUCACCAAAGGAAGACUCAUCAAAGGCUGCACAUCCCAAGAAGGGCCAUGAGGACACCUUGCUUCCGAUGAAGCCCAACAUCAGGAAACUCAGUUUGGAAAACCUCUCGCUGCCAUUGAAGUGCUCCUACAUCCCGGGGAAGGCAAGCCCCAGGUUGAGCAGGACUUUGCCCCGUGUCACUUUCGCCGACGCACCCACCACACCUACCUCAGAAAACAAAUCAAUAAAAAGAUCACUCAGCCGUGACGCCCUUACAGAAGUUGGAACGCAGACGCUUGUAACAGAGAAACGCUCUACAAGCCACCUCACGCUAGACCUAAAGAAUGCACCGAGCAGGACUUUGCAACGACCGACAGGUCUUGACGUGAAGAAGACCGCUCUUUUGCUCGAUUCACCAGGGGAUUCGAAGAAGCCCCGAUCCCUCUGCAAUAGUCCCUCAGGCCUCCUUGAACAACUUGCUUGGGGUACGAGCCACCUCAGUGUACAUUCACCUGAAGUUCGCAAUAAUAAUCCUUUUGUGGAGGCAUGCGCAAAGUUUCAGGCUCAGCAGUCAGGCCUGACCACCGGUGUCCAGAGGUCCCACCCAGAGAACUCUAAGAGCAAGGUGGAAAGAACAAAACUGAAAUUAGAAGGACUUGUCUCAAACUCUGAAACAAUCUGCGCAGAGGUACAAGCUGCUGAGAAUUUGAUUCCUUCUGCUUCAGGAUCAUCGGUCCUGACGGCUCCUGCUUCACCCUCGACCAGUCGGAGCCAGAGGCACAAGCACAGUGAGACAUCUGUAGGGUUUCAAUUUGGACGUUCACGAAUAAACCACCCCGACCCUGCUUCAAGCAGCUCAAGGGUCACAAACUCCUCAACCACAAAGGACCAACAAAAACCAAGUGCGCUAAAGAAACCAACUUUUGGACCUCAAAACUCUCCACCCCCUAUUCACCCCUCUGCAUCCGUUGUUGCAGGAAAUGUUUCGAACCCCUUUUUCUCCCGUCAAAGCAGUGGACAUUCGGUGACUAGUGACCUAAGUCUUAGCAGCACAGCUUCCCCAGCUUUAGAUCCUAGCUCCUGGAUGACACCUCAUGGUUCAGUUAGCUCUGGGAUAUCACCAGACAUAAACUUAAGUUCUGCUGCAAGUAGUGCCUGCAGUAGUGCUAACCUCAAGCCAGACUCUAAUCCGAAAUCUAAGGGUUCAGCUGAUAUGGAAACCCCUCAGGUACUGCCUUCAGGCUGGAACCCUUUCUCAUUCCCUCAGGCAAAAACAGAUGACAGUCCUAGUAGCAAGGGUGACAGCGUGGUGUGGACAAAGCGUAAGGAAUCCGGGAACAGCAUCGAUGAAGCUGGGCAAUCCCAAAGAAUCCACCAGUCCCCCACCACGGCAAUGGAUCGGGUCGCAACGUACAUAACCAAGUGUAACUUUGGGUCCCCGGACGUAAGUGACUCUGACUCGUCAGAACCAACACACCCACACAAGAAGAAGUGCAAUAAUAAAAAGCGACCGAAGCUCCACCCAAGCAUCCGCAGCCAGUCUUGCGAAGAAAUUGGCUCGUGCUCCCGGGAGGUGGUCACUUCUGAGAUCGUUGUUAGUGCGCGACGGGAGAUCCUAGAGUACGGUCGGGCGGCGCUCGACCAGGACGAGGAAGACUUUGAUACAAGGUCACUGAGCAGUCAACGAUCUCUCAGCAGUAGUUGCGAAAUGAUAGAGGUGUCAUGACAGUCACUGAGAGAGACUCUGGUCCCUUGUACAUUGUGUGUUAUAUCAUGAAUUCAUUCAAACAUUCUAAAUUGCUCUUCGGCCUGCUAAUCGCAAACAUGGCAGCAAGCUCAGCAUAAAUCAAUCCCGAAAGCCAUGACGAAAGAUACAAAUGUAUAUUCAAAUUAACAUCAACCUGUUAUCUAAUAACGUGGGUAAAUAGCUUUUUCUUUUCUUGGUGAUUCUAACUCGGUGUGGGUCCUUAGAUUUUCGACAAUAGCUUACAAUUCUAGACAUAGAUUUUUUUUUAAUGACAACCAAAAAACGAAAAAAAGUUUGUGACCAGUGGUAUAUUGAGGUAUUAACUGAAUGACGAGAGUAAAUUUCUGUAUUUUUUAGUUUAUUUAUUUCAGUAUUGGUUUUAUUGUAUGGAUGUGGUAUAAACCGAUUAAUGGAUGUGUAACAUGAACUUAUUGGUGAAGUGUUAACUCAUAGACUGCGAAGGCCUGUUGUAGAGGGUGUCUUUGGUAGCUGUAGGGUUAAGCUCUAAAUUUUGUGAGGUCUGGUGUUAUACAUCUAAUAUCAUAUAUACAGAUGGAAUUAAAGGGUGACAUUCUCCUGGCGAGAGUAAUCAUACUCUUUAUUCUGUUAUAAAACUAUAUAUUCUAUAACUCCCCAAGUGUUUCUGUGCAAUCAUUACAUUUUUUCUUGUGGUAUCGUUAAGAAACAGAUCAAACUUAUACUUGUAGCCACAACUUAUUUUGUCACAAUAUUCACAAAAAUAUAUAUAUUCUAUAUUCAUACCUAUUCAUUACAUAUUUUGAAGUAUUUUUGUUGUUUUUUUAAAUCAAGUCGUGAACGAGUGGUGGUGAAACCGUACGUAGCUAAGGCAAAGAAAAAGUCAGUGUUUUUUUUUUAAUUUAAAGACAGUGUUAUUGUUUGUUGCAUUUCAGUUGUGGGGUAUGGUAGGGACAUAAGUCUGUCUCUGAUUCAGAUGCUUAUCAAGUUUUGUGUUUCUGUUUUUAAUGUUUAGUUGUAGCACGGUGAAUAUAGCGAGUCUUGUGUUCUGUUUUGCACAGUACAAAAUAACAGAAAGUGCGUUGGUCGACAAUCUUUGUUUUCAUUUGUUUCAUAUGUUUGAUGUAUAAUUUCAAUUCAGAACAAUUGUUUUUUUUUCAUAUGCAGGUGAACAGUGAAAUAUUUGUGGUUUUUUAACUGGAAAUUUGGUUUUCCCAAUUUUGUUUUCCCCUUCCCUUCUUUUUUUUUUGUUUCCUCAUCUGAUGGCUUUGUCGGGUAAUCUGGUAAAAUUCAUGACUUAAAGCUCAGGUCCAUAUCAAAGCGGGGUCCCAUUUUACAAAGACUUGUUAUAAUACCAUCCGCCAAUCAGUUUGAAAGAUUUCAGUAGCUUUUAACUGUAAUUGGAAAUUUGUUAUUGUAAAAGUUUUAUGAAACGGGUCCCUGAUCUCGAGUGCCUUUUUCCAUGUUCAUAAAAAUGAGAAGGAAAGGAAUUGGAGCAACAUGGCUUCAGCAUAUAUCCAUAGUGAUUCAUAUGAAAUUAAUCCUAGAUUAUCUAUGAUUGGGGCAGCGUAAUAAACCAAUUGAUAGCAAGUGCAAAUCCAAAAUACAUAUUUUUAAUUGUUUGAAAAUCAAAGUGUGUAUGAUUUCGAACUUUGGAGUCGCUUUUUAUUGCAACUCUUGUGCAACAGACCCCUUUACACGGUUUGUUUUUAACUUCAAACUCCAUAACCCUUUUAGAAAUAUCUACAAUCUGUAGUUUCAAUAUGUUUCCGAAGUAGGAUUGGACUUUUUGAGAGAAAAUAAGUAAGUCAAUUUAACAGUAUCUCAGCGAGUAUAACACAUUACUUGAAUAUCAGGGCAGCAUGUCUUUGCAUUUUGUGGUACCAGUUGACUCUAUAUGAUUUAAUUUUAUGUAAAGAAAUAUAAGAUUUGAUGAAGUAGUCGUAUCUUUUUUGUCUUGGCAUUUGUUAGGUCAUCUAAACAAACUCAACGCAGAACCCAGAGUGAACAUACAUAAAAAGAAAAGAGAAUGGAUUUGAUUUAAAAAAAAAUCAGAUUUGAAAUGGGAAAUAUCAGAAAUGUUCAUUGUACAUGUAUAUGGAAAGCAUAUAUAAUGUUCAUCAGAUUAUAAAGUCUACUAAAGGCUUGUGUAAGAUGAAUGACUCGUAACAUGGAAAUGGAAGCAUUUUCCAUUUUCUAGAGUGCUGAGAAAAUACGGGAAUUGACGAAAAUUGCUGCUUACAUAUAUUCAUAAAAUUCCAACAAGAGACCUGUUUUAUUCAUCCUAGCUUGGCUCAUCCUCUAAUGUUUUUUUCGGUACUGUCUUUUUGAGAAAAUCUAUUUAAAAAAGACUCUGUAGUAUAUAUAUAUAUAUGAACAUCUGUUCUGCCAAAAUAUUGCAAAUUAUAGCUUUGCAGUUGUCUUUUUUUGUAUGCAUGUCUUAAAUGUUUGAAUAUGAACAUUUUUUUGAUAUGAAAAAGAGAAUAUUAAACUAAAGUGAAGGUGAUAUAUAU